UUGCUUAUACAUAUUAUAAGUAUACUUAACUUUAAAUUACUAUGCGUCUUGAAAACAUCAUUACGUCUCCGUUUGCAUUGAAUUUAUAUUUUAUCAGUGCUCUGUAAGUGAAGUAAGUGCCGUAGUAAAGUUUAGCUCAUGUCAUGUGCAUAAUUGCAUGUUUAUUGUUCCGUGGUACAUAAUAAAUUUACAAUAAAAUAUGGGUUGUUUUUUUUCAAAAGAGAGUAAUGAAUCAACAACUCCUUACAAAAGGAGAGUGACGACAAACAUUCACGACGAUAUACUUGGUAUACACAGACGGCAGACCAAUCAGCAUUUUACACACCCAAGACAACAUGUGGCCCUAUAUGAGCCUCAAUAUAGGAACACUGAGUCAUAUCAAUUAAAAACUCGACUGGGAACUCGGAAUAACACCACAACUAUUAAGGCUGCCGUAGAAAAACCUCUAUACGGAGAAUAUAAAUGCAAUAACUGUGGUCGGUUUUGGAAUAGUCGACUUUGUUGGCCUGGGACAUACCAACUUUGUAAAAAAUGUAAAAAACCAGUUUUUCCACACAUUACUAGAGAAUUACUUCCAUCUGAUCAUAGUAAUGAUAAAGAAAAUAAAGAGCAUGAAAAAGAACUCUGUCAAAUGUGUAAAAGUUUAGGGUAUUACUGCAAUAACAAAAACAAAAUAUAUAAACAUUCAUUAUAUUAGUACACACAGUAUUUAGUACAAAAGGUAUUAGCGUCUAUUAGUUUAUAUAAAUUUUGUAUGAAAAUUUUAUUUGAGAUAUUCUAAAUUGUUAUUAAAUUGACUGUACUUUUAAAAUAAUAUUUUAGAAACAGCAUUAAAAACAAAUGAAUUAAAUUGUGUUUUCACUGUAAUGUAUCUUAAGGUAGCUUAACAAAAACAAUAAAGAUGAAGUUUCAUUA